AUGAAAGUAAAAACUCUUAUUCCUAAUUGGAUAGCAGCCACCACAUCAAGUAGUGCUCCAGCGAAAGCAGCGGCCAAAGUUUCCCAAGCCACGGCGAAAACCACACCAUCAGAGCCGGACGUCGCUUUCCCCGCGGUUCUUAAAGGCUCGCAGAAACAAAGAGUGCCUCCGCCCGUGCCCCCUAGAGGCUCCCCAAAAACUAAACGCGGCGGUGCACAUUCCCAAGCGUCCAGUCAUGACACUAAAGGUGAUUAUCAAAAUUUGUUCUUUACUGUUAACGACUUACCAGAACCGUAUCGCACGAACGACGAUGAUUUUUACUUCUAUGGGCAUGAUUUGAAGUAUAGUGAUUCUGUUGCAUGCCGUACUCCACCCUCUAUUUCUGCUCAUACCUAUCAAAUGCCAAAACUAGAAGCUUCCAACUCUUUCUUGGGUUACGUGCAAGAGGGAGACGUACUCAAGGAAAUACCACCUCCAAAGGGCUUAGUCGCGCAAUCGAAUAUGAUGGCUAAUUUCAAUAUAAAUGAUGCAAUACGUGAACACUUGGACGCUGGGGAGUACGACGGUGACUCUUUCACCGACUCGAGUAGCGAUGAAUUUAUCGUCGUCCACGAAAUAAAAGAAGACAAUAAAGUUGUUGUAAAUACAACUACAAUAUCGUUGUUGAAACCUACGAGACAAGAUACAUUCCAGACAGAAGACUCGCAGUCUUUGGACACCUUAGAUUCUCCGAAAAUGAAACUAAACGUUCCCAAACCCGCGCCGAAACCGAAAUCUACUCCCAAGACGCAAGGUUUAAUGUCGAGAAUAAAUACGUUGAAAAGAAAUUUGUCCAAGAAAGAGAACAACGAUGAGUCAGAGAAACCGAGUGAAAGAAAUAACACUAGGGGCGGUUUGAUAUCAGGUCUGACCAAAAAGUUCAUUUUUAAUCAGGCAAAGAAAGACAGAAAUACUAAAACUACACCGAAAAUUGAAAUAAAGCCGUACACAGAGGAGCAUUGCGUAGAAGAGGCAAAGAAGGAGCAGGAAGUGUGUAUGAUGAAAGCGAGAUCGAACAUAGAUUUAUUCCAAAGGCAAAUUUACAAGACGCAAUCCGAAACAGAAAUCAACUCUGUUAUAUCUUCGCGAGAAAGUUUGAGUGUGAAAAGAAACGUUGAGAAUCGCCAAUUCGUUACCGAAAGAAAGAAAAUGUUCGAAAACUCUCCCCAGAGUCAGGCGCCGAAUAACAGAAUUCCGAAGCGACCUGCUCCGAGUAGAAAAGGCCGAGCCCCGCCUCCCCCUCCACCACGAAUAAAACCACAGCCACAGUCCUUAGUGAGUGAGAGAAUAAGCAAAUUCACCGUGACGAGAGUUCCCGAACCCAAUCCGCCUAUACGAACACCUAGAGCGGGUAUCAAGGAAAAUAGAGCGAGUUUCAAAAGAAAACUCGACAAUAGAAAGAUUUAUGUCAUGCAGAAAGAGUUUGAAGAGAUACUUUAACUAGAGUAUACGCCAUACGGAGUCUUUGGGUGUUUAAUCUAUUUUGGUUAGAAGCGAAAUGCAAUCAUAGUUACGGUUAAAUGUUUAGAGAAUCUUUAAAUGUAUGUUGCAUGUUCUGUAAGAAUUCGUUUGAAUAAACAAAGCUGCGUU